GUUUCCUCGUCACAACACGAACUGAGCACAGCGACACAACCGUGCACACAUACACAAACAUAGACUGCCACGCCUUCAGCUCUGUCAUCAUGGAUGGUGCGAAGCGCCCACGAGAGACCGCCAGCUUUCACAAGCAGCAAUGUCUUUCCUUUGCGCAGAAGCUGUGGGAGGCCGAUACGCUCGCGAUGUUCCACCACCCCGUCAGCGCCACGGAGGUGCCGGAGUACUACGACGUGAUUGCGGAGCCGAUGGAUCUGUCCACCAUUCGGCAAAAAAUUGCGGAGGACAAAUACAGCACCGACUCCGAGGUAGAGGACGACGUGGCGUUGAUGUUGUCAAACGCGCUGGACUUCAACGCAAAGGGCUCGCCGUGGCACGACCUGGCGAAGAAAAUUAAAAAUGCCUAUCCUGCCAUGGCUCAGCAGUCCGGGCUCGCCUUCGACGACGAUCAGGUGUUCAUUCCGACAAAGAAGGAGCACGAUGACGAGUCGACGCUGCGCAAGGAGGAGAGGAAAGGCGACGAGAAGCUUGACGAGGUGCUCAAGACAAUGGAGAAGGAAAAAGAGAUCCCUUUAGAUGAACUUCGGCUGAUGUAUGCGCGUCGCAAGGCAGAGGCAGAGCAGCACAGCGGUAGCGGCAGCGAUACCUCUUCCCCGCCAGAAGACGAGGGUGAAGAGGAAGAAGAGUCGGAAGAGGACGACAGCGAUAGUGGUGACGAGGAAGACUCAUCAUCCAACUCAGACAGCGAAGCGGAUGAAGAGGACGAGGACUAG